GUAGCAGCCAUGGAAGCAGCUUCAGCACAACCAGCUUCCAAUCUUCAGGUCUUCAUUUUGGAUUGAAGUCUUCCAGGGAAGCCAUUAAUGGCUUGAUGGAGUGCUAGGUCGAGAUAGUUGGAUUCUAGUGGUAUUUUUGCAUGGACAAAAAAUAAUCGCACGUGAGCUCUAAGGACUGCAAAGGAACUUAAACACAAGGGGCGGGUUGAGAGAGGUGGGGCUAAGAAAAUAACAUCCACGAAUAGAAGGUUCAAACUCCAGACGCUAUUGCAUUCAAGUGGCAGUGAUGGCCCAAAGCGCUCAUUCCAAAAGGCAUAAGCCGUGGCAUAAAAAAUGUGGAAAAUUCAUGCGAGCAGGGCUGCGUUGGCUGAUUUUGAAAAGAAAUUAUGUGAUAUUGAGGAGCAACGAUUUGGCACAUUACCCGAUCGAGAAAUUUCAAGCAUUCCCUUUGAAGAGAAACCAUUUGGUGAUAAAAUUGCACGUGACCAUGAAAUUUGUCGAUUCAGUAUUGUCUCAAUUGCCUUGUUUGAUGGUGAUUGUUUUGGUGAAAACAUGUUGUUUUGUAUGCUCUGGGAUAGCUCUACCACGUGGGACUGCUCGACUAGACCUAACAAGAUUUGUCACUUCAGCAUAUUUGGUCAGAGUAUUCAAUGAGAGAAGGAAUAGAGAUGAUAAAUUGAGGGUUCAAGUCCGCCUUCCUGAUGGUACAACUACCGAUGGUCUUUUGGGACUAUAUGAUCACGAUAUUGCUAUUGUCACAUCCAUCAGCCACCUAGAUGUCUGUCCUGUAGAUCUCAAUAUUGAUGACUGUCCUGAUGGUCUUCAUCAUGCACGAGCUGUUGGGCGUGCCUUUGAGUCAGGCCGUUUGAUGGCCAUGCCUGUCUCUCUGUUAGACCGCAUUGUCGUUUCCGAUAGGCUUUUCGUUUCAGAUAAGUUUUUUAUUUCAGAUAGUCAAGGUCAAGGUUAUACGGAGGCUGCGCUUGGAGGGACACUUGUAGGACAUGACUGGAUAUUUGAUGGGAUGGUCAUUGAUCUUGUUGAGUAUGGUGGAGCAGCCUGUAUCAUAGAACGGGAAUUUCUUUGUACACGCUUGGAGCUACUUCUGGCAUGCAAUCCUAAAAAACUCCGCUCACGUGAUUAUUCACUGCCUUCAGGUGUAUCAAGCAUAAUCCCUUCAGGAUUCAUGAAAACUAUUUACCGAUUAAGAUCUUUUGGUUAUCCAAUGCCGCCACCACUUGUACUUGAAUAACGUUUUGGUGAAUUACGUGCUUGGAAAUGGUAUCCUUUUGGUGCUCCACACCAAAUUUUGGAGCGUGUCUGGGAUCAACUUGAAGGAGGAGUUGUGGCAAAUAUAUCCCGUCGUGUUGUCGCACUAGCUUCUUUCAAUGGGUAUGUGAGGUCUUUUGCUUGCACAGGGUUACUUAUAAAGUGGUGCAGAAGCAGAGCCACACACACUGUUGUCCUGACUUCUGCCAGUUUGGUUAGAAGUCAUCUUAAUGAAGACGACAUUGAUGAGAAUUUGAGGAUUGAGGUGUUUCUCCCACCGAAUUAGCGUUGUGAUGGGACAUUGGAAUUGUAUAACUUGCACUGCAAUAUUGCUAUUGUCAGCAUCAAGAAGGGUUUUAACUCUAUUCAUCCAGAAGACAUAUUUAAUAAAGGAAAGCAAAAGUUAUCUAUAAAGGUAGUAGCUGUAGGGCGUGACACUAUACAUGAACUAUUAAUGGGCACAAUUCGUGAAGUGAAAUUUAGUAACAAGGAUUGCAAACUUGAUUGCAAAGAUCUUCACUGGUCCACUUGUAAAAUCAAGAAGGUUGGGAUUGGUGGACCCCUUAUUGAUUUUGAUGGGAGUUUUGUUGGCAUGAACUUUUAUGAUGAAAGCAGUGCAACUCCUUUCCUUCCAAGGAGCAAGGUCGUCCAUGCUUUAAGAAGUGCGUAUAAUUCAAUAUUACCGUCAGAAAGGGGAUGCAAUCCUAGGGCCAUAAAUGUUGUCAGCAGAGGCAGGAAGACACAGGUUUCAAAAAAAAGAGGCAGGAAGACAAACGAGUAGUAUUUGUUCAUUUUUCUAUGUUUGUGGCUUAAACUACUUUAUUCAACAACUAACCUACAUUGCAGGGAAAUAUUUUGGAUGAUAGGUGGCCAGUGUCCAAGCCAUACUGGUCCCAUGGUGCCCUUGAUGUGGAUAUGUAUGAUGUCCCUAAGCACACUGGAAGGACUUUUCUAUAGACCUUGUUCUUCUAUUAACGCAUUAAGUUAUAUUAGUAUUAUGGUGCACUUGAUGUGGAUUUGUAUGAUGUACCUAAGCUUACUGGGAAGACUAUCAAUCGGAUGUAAUGUAAGUGUGGAACUAUCAGUGCUAUCUUUGCCCUUUCGACUAAAA